CAUCCGAUCAGCUGAUAGAAACUCAAGGAACUAAAGCGAGCAGUUUUUGCACGUGUUUAUGAGACAGUAAACGCAUUAUACAUUUGUACUGUAAAUUCCACAGCUUGGAUCUUAAACAUUACUUAUUAAAAUGCCGAAGGUUAAAGCUGAGAAAAAAUCUCGACAACACCAGGAGGUGAGGAGUCAAGGAAUUAUGUUCAAUACUGGUAUUGGUCAACAUAUUUUAAAAAAUCCAUUGGUUGUCAACGGCAUCAUAGAAAAGGCAGCAUUACGACCAACAGAUGUGGUUCUGGAAGUUGGUCCUGGAACUGGUAACAUGACCGUCAAACUUCUGGAGAAAGCCAAGAAAGUGGUUGCAUGUGAGUUGGACACCAGGCUUGUUGCCGAGCUUCAAAAAAGAGUCCAGUGCACGCCAAUGCAGAACAAGCUUCAGAUCCUAAUAGGAGAUGUCCUCAAGACAGAGCUCCCCUUUUUUGAUGUCUGUGUGGCUAACUUGCCAUAUCAGAUAUCAUCGCCUUUUGUAUUCAAGCUGUUACUUCACCGGCCGUUUUUUAGGUGCGCCGUGCUAAUGUUCCAGAGGGAAUUUGCCAUGCGGUUGGUGGCUAAACCUGGAGACAAGCUGUACUGCAGACUGUCCAUCAACACGCAGCUCCUAGCCCGCGUGGACCACCUCAUGAAGGUGGGGAAGAACAAUUUCAGACCACCUCCGAAAGUAGAGUCCAGCGUGGUGAGGAUAGAGCCCAAAAACCCUCCACCUCCUAUCAACUUCCAGGAAUGGGAUGGUCUUGUCAGAAUUGCAUUUGUCCGAAAGAAUAAAACGCUCAGCGCUGCCUUCAAGUCUGCCGCGGUUGAACAGUUAUUGGAGAAGAACUACAGAAUCCAUUGCUCCGUGCACAACAUAGAAAUACAACAGGAUUUCAACAUUGCUCAGAAAAUCGAAGGCAUCCUUCAAGAGUCAAAGUUUAACGACAAAAGGGCACGUUCUAUGGAUAUAGAUGAUUUCAUGGUGCUUCUUCAUGCAUUCAACUCUGCUGGGAUACACUUCUCCUAAGACUUAAGAGACCGUGAACAGAGCUGACAGGAAGUGAUGUCACAGGCUUAUCCUAUUUUGUUGAUGCUAUGCGAAGAAAGUAUUGGUAUUUCUUUUCAAUGGACAUGCAAUGGGACAACUAAUAACUAAUGUCUUUCCUGAAUCAGGAAGUAUUUACAAACUUCAUUCAGAGUUCAAAAACGAAGCCUUAUUCAUACUCUUCAAAAAGAAGUUUUGAAGAGGACGUAUGUAUUUACAACCUAUGUCUGUGCUCACUCUGCAGUGCAGAAUAUUAAAGUUUAUCCUCAUCAGUCUCGGCACUGCACAUACAACAUACUAUCCCUCCAUUGUGUACUGCUCAAUAUUAAACUGUCAAACUGAAAAAUUUUUACAAUAAUGUUCAUUUGGUAAACCUUAAUGUAUGUAUCAGGUUUUUACAGCAUUUUGUGUCUAGCUAAAAAUUAUUAAUAUUCUACCAAUGGUGAGGGCGAGUGUGUAAGCAUUGUUUAAACAUAACAGCUCAUUUUGAAACGGGUAAUUCAACUAUUCUCAAAUUAAUUUAAGGCAUGUUUAAGGAUAAGCUGUACAAGGCCAAUAAAACCAUUGAAAAAGGUUUUGUUAAAACUUAAGAAUUUCAAAAUCAAAAGCAGGCUCUGCAUAUAAAUGAAAAGAAACUGGGGAAAACGUUAGUUUUGUUGCUCGCAUACACUGUGUGAGACUUUGAACUGUUCAAAGACGCCGAACAGCUUGAAAUUGUUGUGCUGUGAAGCAGAGUUUCAGAUCCUCCUAAUGUUUUGAUGCGGGAGGAAAACGAAAAAGACUGAAAUCUGAACUUGAGAAAAGUUGCUUUGAUGCAACCGUUCUGCAGUAAAAAGGAUUAUGGGUACAUUUGAGCUGAUCCGACCCAUUUAAACCAGUCUUUUUUUUUUUCUUUCAGCAAAGUGCAUUCUCUGUUCUUUCAUUAAAAUGUUAAAUAAUGGUGGUCAUUCACAUGAAUUACAUUUAAACGAGUGUACAAUUGUUUAAGUAGUUCUUAGAAUAAAUGGUUAUUGUUC